AUGAGUGAGAACGAUUUAUUAUUUCGUAUUAGUCAAAUUACUACAUACGUUAGCAAAUGGAUAAUAAAAGCCAAGGUAGUAAAUAAAACUAAACUUUCUACUUUCAAAAACAAUAACAGUUUCUUCAGUAUAGAUGUCACAGAUGUACAUGGAGAUUCAAUAUCUUGUAAGUUCUGGGGUAGUUCUGCAGAUAAAUGGUUUAAUGCUAUUGAAUUAAAGAAGGUGUAUAUAUUUUCUAAAGGUAGAGUGUCUAUAGCAAAUCCCAAAUACAAUACAGUAAAACAUAAAUACGAAUUAACAUUUAAUGAAGAUAGUGAAAUACAUGAAGUGAAAGAUGAUGGAGAAAUAAAGAUUCAAAAGAAAAUAUCUCUAGUGAAUUUAAGGGAUAUCAAAAUAGCUACAAAAGAAACACCAUUUACAGCUGAUUUAAUAGGUAUAGUUAAACAUAUAGGAACAGUAAGUAAUUUAAAAACAAAACAAGGUAAUGAUAUAGCUAAACAAAAUAUUAUUAUAGUUGACGAUACAAAACAUUCUUUUGAAAUAUCAUUUUGGGAUUCUAAUGUUAAUUUAAUAAAAGAAGAAAUUGUAGAAAAUGAAAUAUAUAUAUUUACUAAUAUUAAUAUAAGAAAUUGGAAUGAUAUGAAAAAUGGUACAUUUGGUGUUACUAGUUCUAUAGAAAAAAUGGAAAAUUUAAAUGAGGAAUUACAAGCCAAAUGCGCUAAAAUAUCACAGUGGUAUAAUAAUAGUGGUAAAUAUGAACAAUUUACUAAUAUGAGAAAUAUUUUAUCUAAUGAUGUUACACAAAUUCCAGAUAAACAUUAUGCUAUAAGUGAUAUUAGUGAUGUGUUAUCUAAAAUAUCAGGUACAUAUACACUUAUAGGGAGAAUUAAAAGAAUAUAUUGGAAAAGUAAAGAAAAUGAACACAGAUUUUAUUAUCCUGCUUGCAUGAAAUGUAAAAAAAAACUUUUAUCAAGUGGACAUGAUAAUAAUAUGGAUAAUGAAAUUGAUAAUCAAGAAGAAGAUAGUAUUGUUUAUUCUUGUAUGAACUGUGAUGAAAAUAAUGUUAAACCAUUUUAUAAUUAUACUUUUAAUUUCUUAUUUAUGGACUUUUCAGGAUCUAUUAUAUUAAGAGCUUUUUCAGAUGAAGGAUUUAAUUUAUUAGGAAAAAAAGCAGAAGAAUUAAAAAAUCUAGAUGAAGAUACACUAGAUUAUUUAUUUAAUUAUGAUUUCUUAUAUAAAGAAUAUAAAAUUGUUGUUAGAGUUAAUCAAAAAGCUUAUAAUGGUAUAGAAAGAGUUAAUUUUACAGCUAUGAAAAUAUUCCCACUUAAACCUACAGAUAUCACACCUCUAUUGACAGAAAUACAACUACUUAUAGCAAAUAACAAUGAUAAUUCACAUAGAGCUAAGAGGUCAUUGAACGAUGAUACUAACGACUCCAAAAAACAGAAACUAUAA